CGGGGCGGGGGGCGGUGCCGGUCACCGGCCGGCGAGAGGGCCGGGCCGUGAGGUGCGCUCACCCGCGCGGCCCCGCUCCCCGGCUCCCGGCGGCGCAGGGCGGCGGCGCGGGGCCAUGAGCCGGCCGGAGGCUGAGCCCUGCUCCCGGGCGCUGGCGCAGGCCCGCGUCUACCUGGGGCAGCUGCGGAGCCGCGUCUCCCCGGCGGGCCCGGAGGGCGGCGGGCGGCGGGACUACCUGGUGGAGGCGGCGCGGCAGCUGCGGCUGGCACUGGAGCGGGACGUCAGCGAGGACUACGAGGAGGCCUUCAACCACUACCAGAACGGCGUGGACGUGCUGCUCCGCGGCGUGCAGGUUGACCCCAACAAGGAGCGUCGCGAGGCCGUGAAGCGGAAGAUCACGCAGUACCUGAGGCGUGCGGAGGAGAUCUUCAACUGCCACCUCCAGAGGGCUGCGGGGGGUGGCAACCCCACCGCCACGGGUUACAGCAGCCUGCGCUUCCGGCCCAUCAGGACGCUGAGCUCGGCAGUGGAGAACCUGAGACGCUGUAAGGUUGUGGGAGUUAUCGAUAAGGUGCAGAUCAUCCAGGAUCCGGCCACUGGUGGGACCUUUAUACUGAAGAGCCUCCCCAAAUCCCAUGUUGAGACCCGUGAGCGACAGACCAUCAUCCCUCAUGGGGUGCCCUUCAUGGUCAAGCUGCUGUGCUACUAUGUGAGUGAGGACUCCAUCUUCCUCCACCUGGAGCACGUGCAGGGGGAGACACUGUGGUCUCACCUCCGCUCCAAGUACUGCGUCCAGCAGGGCUCUGCCGAUUCAACCACCACCCAAGCCCAAGACUGUGGCAUAGAGGAUGAUAUGGGAAUCUCCCAGGGCAGCAGCCAGCUCUCCAUCUUCUCUGCUCGGACAGGCUCUGUGACCCACCAAGUAUUGGGAAACACUGGUACUUUGCCCCCUUUGGAGCAGUCUCCUAACCCCACGGACCCUGGCUUGGAGAACCACUGCUGGCUUCGCCUGGCUCCUGCGGUUGGCACAAGGGCUACACCCGGAGGGCAGGAUCUGAGCAUCAUGACCCAGGCUAAGUCUGGUGUCGUGGACCAUGUUCCAGCAGCACCAGCCAAAGGCCCUGGCCACCUUACCAACCAGGACCUGGUCAUCUACCCCUGGGACGCUCUAACCAGUGGCAUGGGCUACGUAUCGGAGAGAGCAGCCUCCCACCCAGACCCUGGGCCAUGUGCCGGUGAAAGGCUUCCCCAGACACCCGGCCCUGUAACAAAGACUGUGAGAAGGAGCCAGCCAGGGGCAGGGGAGCUGCCAUCUCAGCAAGUGUCUGAGGUCCCCCGGGCUCGGCCUCUCCUGACCUCCUCAGGUCAGAGGCAGCUUCAUGCGGGAGUUGCCCCGUCCAGCUCUGGCAAGCCCCAUGGUCCUGACCCAGCGGUGCGGGAGCAGCCGUGCUCAGGACAGUGCCCGUCUCUGGCUGCCCAUGGGCAUGGCUGGAGAGCGUGGGCUGUGAAGGAGGAGCAGGUGCAGCUGUGGGCAGCAGAAAUCCUCUUGGCCUUAGAGGGACUUCACCAGCAGGGUGUAUUAUGCCGGGACCUCAAUCCCAGGAACCUGCUCCUCGAUGCAGCUGGUCACAUCCGUCUCACCUUCUUUGGCCAGUGGACAGAGGUGGAGCCCCAGUGCUGCAGCCAGGCACGGGAGGAGCUGUACAGUGCCCCAGAAGUGGGGGGGAUUGCGGAACCCACCGAAGCAGCCGACUGGUGGAGCUUUGGCUCUCUCUUGUAUGAGUUGCUGACAGGAGUGCCACUGUCCCAAAACCACCCUUCAGGGAUUCACCCUCACACCCAGCUGCAUCUGCCAGAGGGUCUCAGCCUGGCUGCAACGUCGCUGCUCACCAAGCUCCUACAAUACAACCCGAAGCGGCGUUUGGGCUCUGGAGGAGGUGGCAUAGCAAAACUGAAGUCCCACUCCUUCUUCAGCAACAUGCCAUGGAACAAGAUGGUGGGCUAGGCUGGCUGUCCUUCCCCAGGGAGCUGGGCCAGAGCCGCUGUCCCUGUCAUUUGUGCCCGCAGGUGGCACUGGCAGCUCUGCCUGCGGGAGGAGAUUUGCCUGCAGGGACUGCCCUGGGGUGGGGUACGCAUGAGGUUUUACAGCCUUACAUGUUUGUCUAUCCCUGCUUGUGUGUGUUGGUGUCUCUAAGAGAGGCAGCUGCAGUCUGGGCCAGGCUGUCUUCUCUCCAUUUGGUCCUCCCUGGUGGGAAAGGGAGCCCAGGUGCCCACGCCUGGGGUGAGGCCAUGCUCCCCUCUGGCUAUCCCUUGCUCAGCUUAGCACCGUGUCCUGGGACUCCCUCCCUGUGGUUUUUACCUCUGCUGCUAUGACUGUGACCCCACACUCUGUUAUUUUUUGUGGCUUCCAAGUGCAUCCCCCCUGGGCCUGGCUGGCUGGUUCCUGAGACCCAGGGUCUGUGCCCCUCCCUGGCUGCAUGUGGGUGUGGGUAAUGCCGGCUGUGGGGUGAGAGGGGAGGGAGCCCUCUGCUCUUCUCCCCCUGGCUCUCUGAAGAGAAUAAACACUCAUUAUCAAUUACAGAACUGUCCUUUUGUCUGAGCUGGACCUGGGAGGCCUGGGCAGAUCUCUCUCAAACCUGCCUGGGAGCCCUGGAUUGGCAUCACCCAGGAGCUGUCAGCAUGUUGCAGCCAAAACCCAGAAAAUGGCACUGAGGGCCUCAUGGCCCCAUGAUCCCCACAGCUGCAGCUCAGAGUCAGUUCCUGUGUUUUCUUCCAGCCUUGACUUUUGGUGUUGUUACCGAUUCUGGCUCCAGCCUCCUGUGCCUGGACGCUCCUUGCUGCUGGCAUUGCAGCAGCCCUGCUGCCCUUGUUACUGUGCUUUGAGCACGGUCCUUCCUGGUAGAACAGCAAGGCUUUAAAUGGGAGAACUUGGAGAAACAGCACUGCUGGAAGGAGAAUCAGAGCAAAUACAAACCAGGCUCGAAGAAAAAUAAAUGUGAACAAAAGGCACCUGCCAACAGCCCAAGGCAGAAGCCGCUGUGCUCUUUUGUGCACAUCCAAGGCAUAGGCUGAAGGAUGAGCUGACAAGGGCAGCGGUGAGGUUUUGCCCCUCCUCUCCCAGUGCUCUCUCCAUUGCUCACGAAUCCCCAAUAGUAAGGAAUCACUGGCACCAGUUAAACUUUCCUGUGGGUAUCUGGCUCCAGCUCCUGCUUGCCACCAGAAGCAACACCCUGCUCCUUGCCAACUCAGCCUGGCCCUGGGGUGGCAGCAGGAGAACUUGUCCACGAGAGGGAAGCAGAGCCCAGGAGAAACUCACCUCCCACUUCAGCAAAGGCAGGGGACACCUUCGUCUGUGCAGAAAGAAGAGAACUGACCAGGGAGCUCAGUACUAAUGCCACGGCAGGAACAGCCACGCAUGGGGCUUCUCCUCUCUUGGGCAGCCUGACCAAGCCCUCCUGCAGCAGCCUUCCACCCUUGGCCACCGGCUCCUGUGCUUCAGGGAGGUUCAGCAGGACCGACCCUGUGGCCAAAGCCAGAGCACGGCCUCGUGCAACACAGUGCCGUGGGUGUCAUCCAGGAGCGGCAAAAAAAUGAAGCUUCAAGCAUGGCAGCUGCACAACCCUCCUACAACAGAUCAAAUAAAGCAGUUUUCUAGGCUGCAACAUUUUAAGAGCUUGACUGUA